UUUUACAAUUUUAAAAUUGAAGGUUAAAAUGGUAGACAAUAUCACAAUAUUUGGCGUAGUAGCUCACUCUUUUAAACCAACUAUUUCAAGGACAGACUAAGCCUUACAUGAAAAUUGCUAUCCUAUCUACCAAACAGACGGAUUUCCCUGACCUUGCCACCUUCAUGGCUUCAUCGAGCAUAAAACCCCUCCAAAACCCAUUUUUGAAUCGCGAACUAUUUGCUUGAUAUUGGCUUGGAUUUGACGAAAGGCGCCGUUCGAGGUUCAACCGUACCCUUUUCCUAGUCCUUUCGAACCUUCAUCAGCUAAAGAAAAUCUCUGCAACAAGGCAAGAAUAUACAUUUGUCAUCGUUUUCUUACGCACACCAGGUGUUCGAUUCUAUGACUAUGUAAGCACAGAAGAAUCUGAAAUGCAUUGUAUUAAGUACGCAGUUGCCAUCUUCAAACACCCAAUUCAAGGCAGUAAAGCAACCCAAAUCCACUUCACCAUCCUAACCCAGCAAGCUCGCACCUUUGUCCGUCCCCCAUUUUCCAACAGAGUCACCCACUACCUCCACAGAGCCAAGCUCAUCGACUCUAUCCGUCUAGCUCUCCGCUCUAGCUCCCCCAACUCGCUCCCUUCUCUUCUAAGCAAUACCCGCCUUCUUGACUCCUUUGUGGUCACUCAAGCUCUUCGUUCCGCUCCCUCUGCGGAAUCCGCACUCUCCCUCGUUGAAUACCUCAAAGAAACAGUUCCCCAUUUCGCUCACAGACAAGAUAGCCUCCGCGCGCUCGCCACGGUACUCGCCAAGCACCGCCGGUGCGCUGAACUCAAUUCCUUGAUUGGGGAGAUUGAAGCUGGAAGGUUCGGGAAUGUUCGCAUCAGUUCCAUGAACCUAAUGACGUGGUACGCCACUGCCGGAGACAUUGAUGAGGUUCUAAACGUCUGGAGUGAAUAUAGGCGCAAUGAGAAGGGUGUGUGCACGGAGUCCUACAAUCUUGUUAUGCGGCUCUAUGUGCAAAGGGGAAGGGACGCGGAGGCUGUCCACGUUUUCUGUGAAAUGAUUGAUGAAGGGGCGAUCCCUAAUUCCAGAACGUAUUUUGUCAUGGUUGAGCAUCUUGUGAGCAGAGGAAAACUGGAUGCUGCACUGGAGGUUUUUAAGGUGCUGCCUUUGAUGAGGAUCAAGAGGACUUCAAAGAUGUAUUUGGUUUUGGUUGAAGGAUUUGUUGGUGCUGGAAGGUUUGAUGAAGUUAAACUUUUGCUUAAUGAAAUGUGGGUUGAUGGGAUGUUUCCAGGUCGUGCCAUGCUUGUGGCUUUGCAACAAAUGCCAGAGGCAGGGUUGUUAGGGGAGGUGGAGGAAUUUUGCAGAGAAAUGAUGCCUGACAAGAGGAUAAAGAGCAUUGGAGAUUGUGGAGAGAGCAGUGAGGAUGAUGACGAUGAGGAGGAUGAUCAUGGCUGUAGUGAGAAACAUGUUGAUGGAGUAAAGUUGAAACCGUGGUUGGACCCAAGAGCUUUGGCUAAUGCAUUGAAACAUUGGAGCCCUGAAGAGGUGUCUGCACUGGAGGAUGCUAAAUUUGUGUGGACAACUCGGUUGGUUUGCAAGAUUCUUAGAAAUUUCAAGUCACCAGAAACAGCUUGGAAUUUCUUUUGCUGGGUUGCUUGUCAACCGGGAUUCGAUCAUGAUAUUUACACAGUGCAAAGAAUGAUUAGCCUUUUAGCACGCCAUGGGAUUGUUGAGUUGGUUGAAAAUUUGUUGGACAAAGUUAGGAGGGAAGGAAUGAGAUUGCCCUUCAGCACAAUUAGGUUGAUUAUCGACUUUUAUGGCAUUUCAAAGAAUGCUGAUGCUGCUCUGAAGGUCUUCCAUAAUGAAAGAACGCUCUGUGGUCCAUUAUCAAAAUUUAAUCUUAUGCUUUUGUAUUCUUCCCUAUUACGAACAUUGACCAAGUGUCGAAGGGGUACUGAUGUCCUGGACAUACUUGAUGAGAUGAUUUUAAGUGGAACUUGCCCAGAUAUCCAGACUCUUUCUGGACUGAUGUAUCACUUUGCAACACAGGGAGAUAUAAAAACCGUGCAGCGGCUAUUUGCAAUGGUUAGGCAGAGUGGUUUAGAGCCAGAUGCUUACACUUAUAAAAUAUUGAUCCAAGCUUACUGCAAGUGUGAAAGAGCUGCACUUGCCUGGAGGGUUUUCGAGGACAUGAGGAACUCAAAUUUGAGGCCUGAUUUUGCUACAAAAGAGUUGCUUGUUAAGUGUCUUUGGAAUGAAGGCAAGCGGAAAGAGGCUGCUGCCGUGGAAGAAAUCUGUGAGGAUCUAACGAAUGUUGUACCACUCGCAGUGCGGGGUCACAUUUGGACAGUGUGCUCUGCAGAUCUUGCUAGAGUUUACGAUAUUUAUUCCAGCAGUUUUACAUAAAGUGAGCUGCAUGAUACUUCAGAUGGAAAAUUAAGUUAUGAUCUUCAAAACUGAUAAUGGUGAGAGUUCAUUGCAUCAAUAACUCAUGUUUUCUGAAGCAUCUCCUAAUAAUCCUGUAGCCAAUGUUGAAUCACUAGGUGAUAUUACCGCACUUGCUUGAGGAUACGAGCAGUUUCAGAGGGUCUAUUACUGGUUCUAUCUUAUACUAAGGUAUAUCUUGUUCUAUA